CAAAUUUAAAUAACCCAACUCAGCAUGGACUCCCAACCCCAGCGCUCUCCUACCAAACUCAUUCCUGGGCUCAGCCCAGGAAUGGCUUGAGAUCCUUCUGAUAUUGACUGUAGCCUGGGAAGUAAAAGGAGAAAGAGCCUACAACUGGCUGUAGAAGAGAAUAAGGUCUGGAAGUAAGCACAAGCAGGUACUAUCCCAGUCUUGAGAGAACCUGUUCUUGAAACAUCCUUCUGCACACUCAAGGUGGGGCAAUUAUGUGUACGCCAACUUCAAUCCCCCUCAAAAGAACUUCCUGGUUGACUCUAAGUUUAUGAAUGUUAUGGAUUGGGAAAAUAACCCUAGCGUUUCAGUUACUUUUACAACCAAGAGAAAGUUAUUGGGUGGUAUUGAUUUUUUGAGAGUGCGUAAGAUAGAUAUGACUUAUGCUGCAGAUGUUGUUAAGGGUAGUAGUUUAUCGAGAUUUAUUAAUACUUUGGUCAGAGGUCUUUCCAAAUUUUCUGGUGUUCUUCUGAUAUCUCAGAUGCAUCUUACUCAUAAGCAAUUAAUGAAGAUAAUCAUUUCUUGCUUUCAAUGACAAACAAUCACUUUCAGAAGCUGAAUUAUAGAAGCAGGAAGCCUGAAGAACUACCCGAGAGGUAAGGCUUCACUACAAAGCUUGAGCUUUUAUUAUUGAGGAGAACUCUCUGGUUGGAUGGAUCAUCCUGAAUAUCUUGAAAAUAUCAUCAGAGACAUCUCUUAUCUUCCCUGAAUUGAUUCAUUGAUUGAAAUAUUAAUAGAAUCAAGAGGACUCAACAUUAAUGCCCUUAAAGAAAUCUCAACAGAAUACGACCUCAAAGGUGCAAAUCUAAUAUACAAAGGCAUUCUUACCCCAAAAGUAUCCCUCACCUAACCCCUCCACCCAUAUUCCACAAAAUUCAACCAACCUUUAACA